UUUAAUUGUAACACAUAAUUUAGCAUAACGUGAUAUAAACAAUUAUGGUUGCUGUACCUGACUUUGAUCGAAUAACACAACUUUCAACAAGUCAUCCCAAGUCGGAUGUACACAUCAGCUAUGGAACAGCUGGAUUUAGAACAAAGGCGUCAGUGUUAGAUGCUGUUAUGUUUCGCAUGGGUUUGUUAGCUUCUUUACGUUCCAAAGCAAAAGAUGGAAAAGCUAUUGGUGUCAUGGUUACAGCUUCACACAACCCAGUGCAAGACAAUGGUGUCAAACUAGUGGACCCUUAUGGAGAAAUGCUAGAGCAAUCUUGGGAAAGUUAUGCAACCAAACUAGCUCAAGCUGAAAAUUCAUUGGUGUCUACUUGCUUACAAGAAAUUGUAAAAGAAGAAAAUAUUGAAUUAAGCAAUGAAGCAUGUGUCAUCCUUGCUAGAGACACAAGACCAAGCAGUGAAAGUUUGUCGAAAUCUGUGAAAGAAGGUGUUGAAGGCAUGGGUGGAAAAUGUCAAGAUUUUGGUUUGUUAACAACACCUCAACUUCAUUACAUCGUAUGUUGCACAAAUACAAACGGUGAAUAUGGUGAAGCUACCGAAGAAGGAUACUACAAAAAAUUAUGUGCAGCUUAUUUAAAAAUACACAAGAUGAUGGGCUUCAAAACAUGUGCAUCAGUCAAGGUCGAUGGUGCGAAUGGAGUAGGCGCUUUAAAAGCUGCUCAACUACAGAAGCACUUAGCUUCAUCGUUGUCGCUACUCAUUCAUAAUGAUGGUACUUCUGGUGUACUUAAUGAAGGUUGUGGAGCUGAUUUUGUAAAGACUAAUCAAAAGCCUCCUGCAGGUUUACAGUUGGAGAAAGGUGACUGCUGUGUAUCUUAUGAUGGAGAUGCUGAUCGGAUUGUUUACUUCUAUAAAGAUGAGGAUGGGACUUUUCAUCUUUUGGACGGAGACAAAAUUGCAUGUCUGAUUGCAGCGUAUAUUAAAGAAAAAUUAGAUAUUAUUGGAAUUAAAUUAACUAAAGGCUUAGGUGUUGUGCAAACUGCAUAUGCUAAUGGUAGCUCAACAAAUUAUUUAUACAAUAAAAUGAAAGUUCCAGUAGCGAUCGCAAAAACUGGAGUUAAACAUCUUCACCUUAAAGCUGUUGAAUAUGACAUCGGAGUUUAUUUUGAAGCGAAUGGUCAUGGAACGAUAAUAUACAGUAAAGACGCUGAAAGUGAAAUAAGACAGCCGCCACAAAAUUUAAGUGACGAGCAAAAACAAGCAAGUGAAAUUUUGAAAGCUUUCGUUGAUCUCACUAACCAGACAGUUGGUGAUGCAAUAUCAGAUAUGUUAUUAGUAGAAGCCAUUCUCAACGAAAAGCAAUGGACAUGUAAAGAUUGGGACAAGGAGUACACCGACAUACCAAAUAAACUGAACAAAGUUUUUGUAAAAGAUCGUCGCGUCAUUAAAACGAACGAAGAUGAAACGAAGGUUGUCGAACCGAUAGAAUUGCAAAAUAGAAUUGAUGAGCUGACGAAGAAUUUGCCACGUGCUCGCUCUUUUGUUCGUCCUUCAGGAACCGAAGAUGUUGUCCGAGUAUAUGCAGAAUCUGAAAGUCAGGCUUCAACUGCCACUUUGUCAACUCAAGUCAGUCAACUCGUAUACGAUAUUUGUAAUGGCGUGGGAGAGAGACCAACUUUAUCCACUUGAAUGGAGAAGAAUUAACUUGUUAUACACAUUUUUAGUCUGUAUAAGUAAAUAUUUUUUUAAUUUAAAUAUGUUUUUACUAUCUGAAUAAAUUAAAAGUAUUUCAGGUGGAAAUUAAUGAAACUAAAAUUUAUUUUAUGUUGUAAGUCGGAAACCGUAAUAAUUUUUUGUCGGGUGAAGGUUUUUAUAGUAUCUUCUUUACUCUUCGGUAGAAUUAGAAUCGAUAGAUGUGUUCGUAAUGAUAAUUGACUGUAUAAUGACAUAAUUCAGUGAUCCUCCCAUACACGUUUGAUUUGAGUGUCUCAGCUUGUAUCUAAGGAUGAGAGGAUAGGCCAGUUAUUUCCCUUUAUUAUCAGCAUGAACUUGUGGAAAAUAUGAUCGAAAUUUGUAUUUUAAUAGAAAUUUGAAAGUGUUAUUUUCUGUGAAAGAG